GCUGGAGAGAGAGGGGAGGGGGAAAGUUGGACACGGACAUUUCAGCAGUAACUUUUCUUCUUUCCUUCCGAGGUGGGAGAAGCCUCAAGGAAGAAAAGUCAAAGAGACAAAACCCCUGGAUUACAAUUUAAUUGAAUUUGCAUCGCUCCGCAAGAUUUCGAAUCUAGUCACUGGAUACGGAUUUACGUCCGAAUUAAUGUGGUCGCAAAUCUUUGGAUUUACCAAUAUCUGAAGCUGGUGAGUGAGUUGAGGUGAGGUGUUUAACGGAGGAGUGAAACUAUGUGGCUUCUGUGCUCCUCUCUGACUCUGUUGGCCCUCAGCUUCAGAUCAUGUGACACAGUGACGUCAGAGCAAGAUGCACAGUGCCCAUCCUUACAAGUGGAUGAGUGGAAGUUUCCUCAGAUGGCCAGGCACAAUAUCACAGGUUUUAAUCUGGUGAGACGAUUCUCCCUGCUCAAGAGUAAAGAUGUCAAGAAGAUCCGCAACCCUCGAGGACCUGUCAUUCUCCGCUUGGGCAAGGCAGCAUUCCUACGCCCCACUGAUCAGGUGUUCCCUCAUGGCCUUCCUGAGGAGUUCACCGUGGUCUUCACCCUGGCUCUAAAGAAGACUGCCUUGAGGGAUACUAUCUACCUUUUCCAGAUAUCUGAUCAGCAGGGAUACCCACAGCUCUCUGUAGACCUCAGUGGCCCUGAUGGAACCCUGUCCCUGCGAGCCAGAGGUGCAGACCCUGAAGCCUACCUGGUGAGCUGUGUUUUCACUGGGGAGGGGGUUGAGGCCCUGAUGGACCUGCGCUGGCAUAAGGUGGCUCUCAGUGUGCAACAAGAUUCUGUCUCCCUCCAUGUGGACUGCAGCUCUAUCGAAACCAAGCCCCUGGAACCUCGUGGAGUUCUGCCCACUGACGGAUACAGUCUGCUGGGCAUUCAGGCCUCUAAUGCUCAGCCUGUGCAGAUGGAUAUUCAGCAGGCGAUGCUCUAUUGUGACCCAUCCCUCGCCAUCCAAGAGGCCUGCUGCGAGAUACCUGGGGCCAGGUGCCCGCCUGAUGUUUCCAAGAGUCGUCGUGCUGCUGAAAACGACCUGUUGGAAAACACAUUUAACCAGGAUAUUUUUGCAUCCAAGGAUCUGGCAGAGAAAUGUGCUGGUUGUUUAUUCCUGAAUAGGGAAGAAAAUGUCAGAAAUUUCAAUGGAGCUGCUGGGCUGAAAGGGGAAAAAGGUGACCGGGAUGAUGACUGUUCUGGCUCCCAUUCCAGCCCAUGCUCAGAUGGACCCAAAGGCCAGAAGGGAGACAAAGGCGAUCCAGCAAUGCCCACCAACUGGGGUGAAGCAGCUGGGUACAAGGGAGAAAAAGGUCAGAAAGGAGAGAUUGGUCCACAGGGCCUAACAGGCACUCCAGGGAAAGAUGGUCGAGAAGGGACCGUCUGUAUAGUUGGCCCCAAGGGACAGAAGGGUACCCCAGGUAUGGUCGGUCCUGAAGGGUUGGCUGGAGAGCCAGGAAAACCUGGACUUCCAGGCCUGCCAGGAGUUGAAAAACCAGGCCCACCAGGCCCUCCUGGUGAACCGGGUGGUGCAAAAGGAAACAAGGGAGAUGCAGGACCUCCAGGAGAAGAGGGGCAAGCAGGCAAUCCAGGACCAAUAGGACCAGCAGGGCCAAAGGGAGAUAAGGGUGACCCUUGUGAAGUGUGCCCUGUGCUGUCUGCAGACAUGGGUAACCCAUUGGCUCUACAAGGAAAGCCUGGCCCUAAAGGAGAGCCUGGAUUACCAGGGAUCGGAGAGAGAGGACCUCAUGGGCAUCAAGGUGCAGAUGGCAAGACGGGACCGAAGGGAGAACCAGGAUCAAAUGGUGCCAAAGGAGAAAAGGGACAGCCAUGUUCUGUGUGCCCCGCUCUCGGAGAGUUACCACCUAACCUCUUCUUGACCAAAACCCUCCAGCAGAAAGGCCAGAACGGGAAGCCUGGCACUGGACAGAAAGGAGAGCAAGGGGAGCCAGGAAACAUAGGAUCACCUGGCCUUAGAGGAGAGAAGGGUGAUGCAGGUAGCAAAGGAGCUGAUGGUAAGCCGGGAAAACCUGGACCAAGGGCACCCAGUGGCAAGGAUGGACAGAAAGGCGAGAAGGGAGAGCAAGGGCAGCCUGGCCUAGGUGUUCCUGGUGCAAAGGGUGAGAAGGGCGAGUGUAGUGUAUGCCAGUCGCUUGAGGUUGGCAGACCCCCCGUUAUCAAAGUGCCUGAGGGAACAUUAGGUAAACCAGGUGAACCAGGCCCUCGAGGGCCACCUGGACCACCAGGUCUUGGAGCUGAUGGCAAACAGGGCCCACCAGGUCUGGCUGGUCCAAAAGGACAAACGGGUGGACAAGGAGACAAAGGAGACAAGGGACUGGAUGGGGCUCCUGGAGUGCCAGGACUGCCUGGCGAGCCUGGUCGGGACGGAGCAAUAGGAUUGAAGGGCGAGAAGGGUGAUGCUUGUACCAGCUGUCCUUCUCUGGGUGCCUCGGUGGAUGAUGGUGUAGCUGUGCCAGGCUCCAAAGGAGAGAGAGGAGACCCUGGUCCCCCAGGAGAAGGGAGGCCUGGCAAAAAUGGCAAACCCGGCCUACCAGGUGUGCAGGGGCCUACUGGUCCCAAAGGAAGCAAGGGAGAAGCUGGUGCUGCAGGAGUUGGCAUUCAAGGACCCCAAGGUAAAGAGGGACCAAGAGGGCUCCCUGGAACUGUAGGCCUACCUGGACCCAGAGGAUUGCCUGGUCCUGAUGGCACUGCAGGGGAAAAGGGCUCAAAAGGAGAUGCUGGGUUCCCAGGACCACAGGGAAUUGGAGUAGCAGGGCCCCCGGGUAAAGAUGGAGCCCCUGGCUCUAAAGGACUGCCAGGAGAUAAUGGCAGACCUGGUGUUGAUGGAGCUAAGGGGGGCAAGGGUGAACCAGGACAGUGCAACUGCAUAACGCCUGGGUACACAGACAUAGGUGGACCUGGAGCUCCAGGAACUCCAGUAAAUAUGUGGCAGCCUGGCCCUCAGGGCCCACCAGGACCUCCUGGACCCCCUGGCCCACCUGGGCCUCAGGGAGUUACUGGAAUCCAGGGACCUGAGGGUAUCCCUGGAAACGACGGGAUACCGGGGAAACCGGGUUUGCCUGGAUACAUCAACCCAGUUAGACCACACCAUGUGCCUCAAGACUCCACGGGAAGUGACCCUGAAGUUGGCUGUGAAGGGGGCUGUUCCCAGGGGUUGCCAGGGGUACCAGGCAUGGCUGGCGCCAAGGGUGAGAAAGGAGAUGAGGGCAAGCCUGGUGUAACCACCCCCAUGGACAGCUGUGACAGGUGUUUGGAGAGGCUACAGAGAGAGCAGGAGAUACAAGUACCGGUCAGCUGA